CAACCCUGUUCCAAGUCUGGUAACUCUGGCAAUUUCCGUCCUCCAUCUUUCUGCAUUGACUUUUCACGAUGCCGCCUAAGAAGGACGCAAAGUCGUCGGCUAAGCAGCCGCAAAAGACACAAAAGAAGAAGGAGGGCUCCGGCGGCGGCAAGGCCAAGAAGAAGAAGUGGUCCAAGGGAAAGGUCCGUGAUAAGCUGAACAAUCAGGUUUUGUUCGAUAAGGCCACCUAUGAGAAAUUGUACAAGGAAGUUCCUGCCUACAAGCUGAUCACCCCCUCGGUUGUCUCUGAGCGUUUGAAGAUCCGUGGAUCUUUGGCCAAGCGUGCUCUUAUCGAGCUGCGUGAGAAGGGUCUGAUCAAGCAGGUCGUGCAACAUCAUUCCCAGGUCAUCUACACACGUGCCACAAAGGGUGAUGAAGCGUAAACAGUGUUUUACUCAACAGCAAAAUGUGUCUCGCAUUCAUUUUACAAUUGAAUAUUGAUUGUAUGGACUCCUGAUGUGUGUAAAAUGUUAAUAAAACUUGCUUUCGUAUUUGAUGUAAGGGA